AUGAAUGGCCCUCGUGAUGGUGAUGAGGUGACAGUGAAACUGGUGGUGAUGAAGACAGUCACCAUGUACGUCGCCUGCCUGAGCCAGGUCUGCAAACUCUCUCACCCCCUCGGCCCCCGGCUUGCUGCCCUGGCUCCUGGCUCGUCCCCCCCACCCUCGGCCCCCAGCUCGCCGCUCUGGCUCCCGGCUUGCGGCCCAUCCGCCCCCAGCUUGCCGCCCUGGCCCCCAGUUUACUUCGGGCUCCUAGCUCGGAAGGGUUCAGUGGAAAUGCGGUUCAUAAGCUCCAUGCAGGGCCACCUGUCAGAGCCCGCAGGCGCACGGGCCGGGCCAGGCAGCGAGGGGGGAUGUUCCAGUGGGUGCUGGAGAAGGGACCCUGGUGCAGCCUUGGGGAGGAGACCCAGAGAGUGUGCAGGCAGGGACCCCUGGCAGUGUAGCCGUGGGAAGGUGUGGGACAGGGACCCUGGUGGAGGGGUGCAGCGGAAGGGCUGGCCUCGGGGAGGUUGUGCGCCCUGGAACGGUGCGCGGGCCUCGGAGCGCCAAAGGGUCGCGGGGGUCUCGGUGCUGAGCUCCGGGUUCUUACCUGUUGAUCUUGAGGGCGAACGCCCUGCGCUCAGCGCUUGGCAGCGUGGCCAUGGCUGCGGGGCGCGUGGCAGGGGCGCAGGGCCGCUGGGGCGAACACAGAGCCGGAGCCGGGCGAUGGCCUCAUCUGUCCCCGUGCGCCGAGGACUUCCGCCUUUGCACCUUCUCACCGCAGGCCGAGAAGGGCCGCCUUUGGCCACCGCCUCCCAUCACCGCCACCAGCCUCCAGCGUGA